CAGAUGUGGCGAAUAAAUGCCAGGCUUCUUCAGUGUCGUUAAGCCUCCGGAAAACCGCACAAACACAAGACUGAAGCAAUGUCAAUUUUUCCAAGAAUAUCUUUGAAGCCUGAAGUGACUGAUUAUCUCAAGAACAUCUUCUUGAACAAGGAGGUUUUGGCCUCAGUCGGCCAUCAGGAGGCAGAGUGUCGCUUUCACAAACUGCUCACAUGCCUCUCUCACCCUCCUUCGUACACCUGUGUGCGAGCCAGCACUCACCUUGCUCCCCUGGAAGAGAUCAGGCACAAGUUAGGAGAGGAGCUGAGAAAGCAGCAGAUGUACAGCUCAUCAGCAGAGGAGGUCUCUGCUCAGAUUCUUCCUCAUCCACAUAUUCCAGAUGUGCUGCUCCUUCCUGUCGAUGGCCCGAGGCCUGUGAAGCAGCUCAGCUCAGAGAUGGUGGUCGGUGCUCAGUGUGGCAGUGCUGUCCUGAGAGGAGCUCAUGUUUUUGCUCCGGGGAUCCUCGCUAGCCCAAAGUACAUGAAGGCUGGAGAUGUGGUGUCCGUCUUCUCUGACUUGGAGGGAAAAUGUACCCGUGGAGCCACCGGCUUCCAGGGAAAGAAAGUGUUUGUGGGAAAUGGAGUUGCUCAGAUGGAUCGAUCUGCCAUUUUUGGCACAAACAAACCUGCCAAAGGAAUAGGUGUACAGAUGGUGGAGCCACUUUACCAGAGUCCCUCGUUUGACAAUGUCUUGCCCAGCCUGGUAUUCCUACAGAAUCUUCCCUCUGUCAUCGUGGGACACGUGCUCCAGCCUCAGCCUGGAGAACGGAUCUUGGAUAUGUGCGCUGCACCUGGAGGGAAGACGUGCCACAUUGCUGCCCUCAUGGGAGAUCAGGGUGAGGUUGUGGCUUUAGACAAGAUCCGAAAUAAGAUAGAUAAAAUUCGUCAAAAUGCCAAAAUGAUGCAUUUACACUCCAUUAAAGCGUAUUGCUUCGACGGCACUAAAGCUGUAAGCAGUGAUGUGGCUCAGGACACUGAAGGACCUCCGUUCCCUCCUGAGAGUUUUGACCGGGUUCUGCUGGACGCUCCCUGUAGUGGACUUGGACAGAGGCCCAAUAUGGCGUGUAGCUGGGGCCUGAAGGAGAUCUGCUCCUACCAGCCUCUGCAGCGCAAGCUAUUCCACACUGCGGUGCAGCUGUUGAAGAGGGGUGGAGUGCUUGUGUACAGCACCUGCACGGUGACUCUUGCUGAAAACGAGGAGCAGGUAGCCUGGGCUCUCCAAACCUUCCCCUGCCUCACUCUGCAGCCUCAGGAGCCUCACAUCGGUGCAGAGGGCAUGCUGGGAGCCGGCCUGUCACCUGAGCAGCUGCGCCUCCUCCAGAGGUUCAGUCCCGAGCUGAGCUGGGAUCAGACGGAAACGGCAGCUCCUCUCCCCUGCAGAGCUGACAGAGACACCAUCGGCUUUUUUAUCGCCAAGUUCCUGAAAAACUGACCCAGGAGAAGGGGCUGUGUUUUCUCGCACAGGACUGCAGACGGGAACAACGGUGUUUAUAUUACGCCGCUGAGUGUGCUUUGACAGGGCAGUGUUGACAAAGACACUCACUGUUUACAGCAUCUGCCUCUUAACAGCUGCUCUCUGAAACUGCAGGCCAUAUAGGGAUAAGCUUUAUAAACACCCGGGGCAGGAGAGAGAAGAGAGA